AUCUUAUUGAAACGAAAGGAAUUGCAGAUCUUUGAACUUUGAGCUUCUGCAUAACCGAGCUGAGUUUAAGAUUCUCAUUUUCGAACUUUGAGCUAGACUGGCUUCUGAAAGGGAGGGGUUUAUGAUCCGGUAGUAAGAGGAAAGGAGAUGUCUAGGGUUCACAAGAAUUGGGAGCGGUUGGUCCGAGCCACGCUCCGGAGGGAGCAGCUCCGGCAGAGCGGUCCUGGGCACGGGAGGUCUCCUAGCGGCAUCGCAGGUUCCGUUCCGGACUCACUCCAGCGCUCCACCAAUAUUAAUGCCAUCCUCCAAGCAGCCGAUGAGAUUCAAGAUGAGGACCCCAACGUCGCCAGAAUUUUGUGUGAGCAGGCAUAUUCCAUGGCACAAAAUUUGGAUCCAACCAGUGAUGGCAGAGGUGUUCUUCAGUUUAAAACUGGCUUGUCGUCCGUUAUUAAGCAAAAACUCGCUAAAAGGGAUGGGGCUCCAAUAGACCGGAAUCGUGAUAUUCAACGGUUGUGGGAGUUUUAUCAACAAUAUAAACGGAGAAAUAGAGUGGAUGAUAUCCAAAGGGAGGAUCAACAUUUGCGUGAAUCAGGGACUUUUAGUGCAAAUUUUGGAGAGUUAGACCUUCAAUUUUCCGAAAUGAGGAAGGUUUUUGCUAUCUUGAGGGCACUCGUUGAAGUGAUGGAGGCACUAAGCAAAGAUGCAGUUCCAGAGGGUGUGGUAAAACUUGUAAUGGACGAGUUGCGAAGGAUAAAGGUUUCGGAUGCUUCUUUAUCGGGGGAACUUACUCCAUACAAUAUUAUUCCUCUGGAAGCACCAUCACUUACCAAUGCUAUUGGAUUUUUUCCGGAAGUCAAAGGCGCAAUGUCAGCAAUCAGAUAUACAGAUCACUUUCCUCGGCUGCCAUCCAAUUAUAAGAUUUCUGGUCAACGGCAUUUAGACAUGUUUGAUCUAUUAGAGUAUGUUUUCGGUUUCCAGAAGGACAACAUAAAGAAUCAGCGCGAGAAUGUAAUCCUGACUGUAGCCAAUGCACAAUCACGACUUGGUAUUCCUGUUGACGCUGAUCCUAAAAUAGAUGAAAAAGUUAUUACUGAGGUCUUUCUAAAGGUGCUUGACAAUUACAUCAAGUGGUGUAGAUAUUUACGUGUUCGUCUAGUGUGGAAUAAACUGGAAGCUAUUAACAGGGACAGAAAACUAUUUCUGGUCUCCCUCUACUUUUGCAUUUGGGGUGAGGCAGCAAAUGUUCGUUUUCUUCCCGAAUGCAUCUGCUAUUUAUUCCACCACAUGGCCAAGGAACUGGAUGCUGCAUUGGAUCACGGAGAAGCUAAUCCUGCUGCAAACUAUAUUGGUGAAAAUGGUUCUGUUUCCUUCCUGGAACAAAUUAUUCAACCCCUAUAUGAAACAAUGCAAAAAGAAGUUGCCAAAAACAAUAAUGGAAAAGCUGCACAUUCGAAGUGGCGGAAUUAUGAUGACUUCAAUGAAUACUUUUGGUCCCCUUCAUGCUUUGAGUUGGGCUGGCCUCUAAAGAAGGAGUCAUCUUUUUUGAAGCCUAAAAGCAAAAUGACUGGUAAAAGCGCAUUUGUUGAACAUAGAACAUUUCUUCACCUUUACCGAAGCUUUCAUCGUUUGUGGAUUUUUUUGGUUGUUAUGUUCCAGGGCUUGACUAUUGUGGCCUUCAGUGAUCAGAAAUUUAAUCUCUACACAUUCAAAACACUGCUUAGCAUUGGCCCGACGUUUGCAAUUAUGAAUUUCAUGAAGAGCUGUUUAGAUGUUGUCUUUAUGUUUGGAGCUUAUGGUACACUAAGAGGCUUGGCUAUAUCAAGACUUGUUAUAAGGUUCCUCUGGACAGGUUUUGGAUCAGCUUUUGUAUCCUAUGUUUAUCUGAAACUUUUAGAGGAAAGGAACAGAAACAACUCAGAUUCAUUGUAUUUUCGCAUUUACAUCCUUGUUUUGGGUGCUUAUGCUGGGAUACGCAUAGUUUUUGCUCUACUAACCAAGUUUCCUGCUACUCACACUCUUUCUGAAAUGUCUGACCAAACAUUCUUUCAAUUUUUUAAGUGGAUUUAUCAGGAGCGAUAUUUUGUUGGCCGUGGACUAGUCGAGAAGGCUACUGACUAUAUAAAAUAUGUACUCUACUGGUUGGUGAUCUUCAUUUGCAAAUUUACUUUUGCUUACUUUCUUCAGAUUAAACCCUUAGUUCAGCCUACUAGGAUUAUUGUACAUUUUUCUCCGCUGCAGUACUCAUGGCAUGAUCUGGUGUCUAAGCAUAAUUAUAAUGCAUUGACCGUUGCCAGCUUGUGGGCUCCUGUUGUUGCUAUUUAUAUCAUGGAUAUUCACAUAUGGUACACUUUGUUAUCUGCAAUUGUGGGUGGUAUAAUGGGCGCACGAGCUCGGUUAGGAGAGAUACGUUCGAUUGCCAUGGUUCAUAAACGUUUUGAGAGCUUCCCUGAAGCAUUUGUCAAGAAUCUCGUGUCUCGAGCAACAAGGGUGCCUUUUGAGAGACAGUCCUCACAGCUACCUCAAGAUAAUAACAAGGCAUAUGCAGUAAUGUUUUCACCUUUUUGGAAUGAGAUCAUCAAAAGCUUGCGGGAAGAAGAUUUUAUCAGUAAUAGAGAGAUGGAUUUGCUUUCAAUGCCCAGCAACACAGGAAGUUUGAAAUUAGUUCAAUGGCCACUUUUCCUACUUAGUAGUAAGAUCUUGCUUGCAAUUGACUUGGCUUUGGAUUGCAAAGAUACCCAAGCUGACCUUUGGAGUAGGAUUUGCAAGGAUGAAUACAUGGCCUAUGCUGUUCAGGAAUGCUAUUACAGUAUUGAAAAGAUUCUAUAUUCUCUAGUUGAUGGAGAGGGGAGGCUUUGGGUUGAAAGAAUUUAUCGAGAAAUAAACAAUAGUAUUUCAGAAGGUUCCCUUUUCACAGCAUUGACACUCACAAAACUUCCAAAUGUUUUGUCCAAACUUGCAGCUCUGACCGGACUUUUGAGCCGAAGUGAAACUCCUGUACUUGCCAAAGGUGCUCCUAAAGCUAUGUAUGAACUGUAUGAUGUUGUCACACAUGAUCUGCUUGCACCUGCCCUAAGAGAGCAGCUUGAUACAUGGAACAUAUUGGCAAGGGCAAGAAAUGAGGGACGACUGUUUUCUAGGAUACAGUGGCCAAAGGAUCCUGAGAUUAAGGAGCAAGUGAAAAGAUUAUACCUUCUCUUCACUGUAAAGGAUUCCGCUGCUAACAUACCUAAGAAUCUUGAAGCAAGAAGAAGAUUGGAAUUUUUCACAAAUUCUUUAUUCAUGGACAUGCCUCCUGCAAAGCCAGUUUCUGAAAUGCUUCCUUUCUGUGUCUUCACGCCUUAUUAUAGUGAAACUGUGCUUUAUAGUUCUUCUGAGUUACGGAGUGAAAAUGAAGAUGGUAUAUCUAUACUCUUCUAUUUGCAGAAAAUAUUUCCAGAUGAAUGGGUGAAUUUUUUGGAUCGGAUUGGUCGAGGUGAUGGUGAUGACAGUGAUGCUUUCCAAGAAAGCUCCAGUGAUACUCUGGAGCUUCGGUUAUGGGCAUCUUAUAGGGGUCAGACUCUUGCGAGGACAGUACGUGGUAUGAUGUAUUAUAGAAGGGCGUUGAUGCUGCAGAGUUUUUUGGAAAGGAGAUCACUAGGAGGAGAAGGGACGCUUUCUCAAACAAACUUUCCCACAACACCAAGUUUUGAACUGUCACGUGAAGCAAGAGCACAAGCUGAUUUGAAGUUCACAUAUGUGGUUUCAUGUCAGAUUUAUGGGCAGCAGAAGCAAAAAAAGGCUCCAGAGGCAGCAGAUAUCUCUUUGUUGCUACAAAGGAAUGAAGCACUCCGUGUUGCGUUCAUACAUGUGGAAGAAAAUACUCAAGCCAAUGGAAAGGUUUCAAAGGAGUUCUACUCAAAACUUGUAAAGGCUGAUGCACAUGGAAAAGAUCAGGAAAUAUAUUCAGUUAAACUUCCCGGAGAUCCAAAACUGGGGGAAGGAAAGCCAGAAAAUCAAAACCAUGCAAUAAUUUUCACCCGCGGGGAGGCUAUUCAAACAAUUGACAUGAAUCAGGAUAACUACCUUGAGGAGGCAAUGAAGAUGAGGAAUCUUCUUCAGGAAUUCCAUGGAAACCAUGGACUCCGGCCACCCACCAUACUUGGUGUAAGGGAGCAUGUAUUCACGGGAAGUGUGUCAUCAUUAGCAUGGUUCAUGUCCAACCAAGAGACCAGCUUUGUGACAUUGGGGCAACGAGUUCUUGCUAAGCCUCUCAAAGUUAGAAUGCACUAUGGACAUCCUGAUGUUUUUGACCGAAUUUUUCAUAUUACUCGAGGUGGCAUAAGUAAAGCAUCACGUGUCAUAAACAUCAGCGAAGAUAUUUUUGCUGGGUUUAAUUCCACAUUGCGGCAAGGCAACAUUACUCAUCAUGAAUAUAUUCAGGUUGGUAAGGGAAGGGACGUUGGAUUAAAUCAGAUCGCAUUAUUUGAAGGCAAAGUUGCUGGGGGUAAUGGUGAGCAAGUUCUGAGCAGGGAUGUUUACAGGCUUGGGCAGCUUUUUGAUUUCUUUAGGAUGCUUUCCUUCUUUUACACCACUAUUGGAUACUAUGUUUGCACUAUGAUGACGGUUCUUACAGUUUAUAUUUUCUUAUAUGGGAGAGUAUACCUGGCUUUUUCUGGAUUGGAUGAAGGAAUUUCUCGUCGAGCUAGGUUACUCGGUAAUACAGCAUUGGAUGCUGCACUAAAUGCCCAAUUUUUUGUUCAGAUAGGAAUAUUCACUGCAGUUCCAAUGAUCAUGGGAUUUAUACUCGAAAAAGGUUUGCUAAAGGCUAUUUUCAGCUUCAUUACAAUGCAGUUGCAGCUUUGUUCUGUCUUUUUCACAUUUUCUUUAGGGACCAGAACUCAUUAUUUUGGACGCACAAUCCUCCAUGGAGGUGCAAAGUACCGUGCCACUGGAAGAGGAUUUGUUGUUAGACACAUCAAAUUUGCAGAAAACUAUAGGCUCUACUCUCGAAGUCAUUUUGUCAAAGCGCUGGAAGUUGCCCUACUUCUAACAGUUUACAUCGCAUAUGGGUACACUAAGGGAGGGGCCACAUCAUUUAUUCUAUUGACUUUAAGCAGUUGGUUCCUUGUUGUAUCAUGGCUAUUUGCUCCGUAUAUCUUCAAUCCAUCUGGGUUCGAAUGGCAAAAGACUGUUGAGGAUUUUGAUGAUUGGACCAGUUGGCUGUUAUAUAAGGGGGGAGUAGGUGUGAAGGGAGACAACAGUUGGGAAUCUUGGUGGGAUGAAGAACAGAUGCAUAUUCAGACUUUGAGAGGCCGGAUACUGGAAACAAUUUUGAGCUUCAGAUUUUUCAUUUUCCAGUAUGGUAUUGUAUAUAAGCUACACCUGACAGGGAAGGACACCUCUUUAGCGAUUUAUGGAUUCUCAUGGAUUGUGCUCAUUGGGAUAGUUAUGAUUUUCAAGAUGUUUACAUUUAGCCCCAAGAAGUCCACCAACUUCCAGCUCAUGCUUCGGUUCAUUCAAGGAGUUACUGCCUUGGGGCUUGUUGCUGCCAUUUGUCUUGUUGUUGCAUUGACUGGCCUUUCUAUUGCUGAUUUGUUUGCUAGUGUUCUUGCCUUCGUUGCAACAGGAUGGGCUCUUAUUUGUUUGGCUAUCACAUGGAAGAGAGUGGUGAGGAGUUUGGGCAUGUGGGAUUCAGUGAAAGAGUUUGCGAGAAUGUUUGAUGCCGGAAUGGGAAUGCUCAUAUUUGCACCUAUAGCUAUACUGUCAUGGUUCCCGUUUGUGUCUACGUUCCAGUCUCGGAUACUGUUUAACCAAGCGUUCAGUCGUGGCUUGGAGAUUUCACUCAUUCUUGCUGGGAACAAAGCCAAUGUUGAGCCUUCUGCAUUUUAGUAAACUCCUCAAGCUCAAUUUGGUAUCUCACUUCUUUUGGAUUCAUUUUCAUCAUGAUUUUUUCAAAGUUUGGCGUGUACAUAUCCAUGUUGGUUGUUACAUAGGAAUGCUGUCAGCAUCCUUUGUUCUUUACAAUUGAACAAUGAUUUGGAUCUUAGGUCAGAAUGUAGGUUGUUUUCAAUUUUGGUUCUGACUAUCAAUUUGAUCUUUUUAUGUUUGAUACUCCCUCCGUCCCUAAAACAACAUCCCACUUUCCUUAUUUGGAUGUCCCUAAUUUAACUUCCCAUUUCCUUAAAUGACAAGUUAUGUACAUCAAAACAAUGUCAAACAAUGUCGAAACAGUGUCAAAACAGUGAAAUUUACCCCUGAUGAUUUUAUUUCCUUAAUAUGUGUGUAAGUCAAAUUGGGAAGGUUGUUUCGGGGACAGAGGUAGUAUUUUAAUUGUAAUAAUUUUCAUUUUAUAAAAUAUUUGGGUAUGUUUAGGG